CCUCUUCUCCUUCUUCUUCAUCAGCUCCUCCUCCGCUCUUCUGCCUUCUCUCUUCCCCUCUCUCUCUCUCUAAAAAGACUGAACUGAAGUGAACCCAUCAGUGUUCGAAGCAAAUAACAGCCAUAAACCCAAUACAGAAAAAAAAAGAGUCUCUUUAGAUCGGCCGGACUCCGGCAUGGGAGCUCGCCGGGUUUUUAAGUUCCGGCCACCAUCGGUGUCGGUCUUUAUAGUCUAAAUGCAACCAAAACGCCGUCGUCGACUACCCAAUUUCUCUGUUCGGUUUCUUAGUGGCACUACCGCCUCCACCACCACCGUUGAUGAUGACGAAGACGACGAAGACGAUGACGUGGGAUUUUUCUUAAAAGCCCAGAAUUCUCUUCAAAUAACAUAGAGUUCUUUUUUUUUAAUCAGUUGGGUUCUCCCCUCCAAUGGCGGCUACUACCACCAACACUGGCACAGCUUCAGCUGCUAUGGACUCUUCCUCAGUAGCAGCUUCGGCUGACGACGCCGCUGCCAAAGCCGUACAUAAGCGUUACGAAGGACUGGUCAUGGUUCGUACGAAAGCCAUAAAGGGUAAAGGCGCUUGGUAUUGGGCUCACCUGGAGCCCAUGCUGGUUCAGAACACCGAUACCGGUAUGCCAAAAGCGGUGAAGCUCCGUUGUUCGUUAUGCGACGCCGUUUUCUCAGCUUCCAACCCAUCUCGGACUGCCUCCGAGCAUCUAAAGCGAGGGACUUGUCCCAAUUUCAACUCAGUUGCGAAACCCAUUUCCUCCGUUUCACCUUCUUCAGCCACCAUGGUCUCACCUUCCUCCACCACUGCGCCACCGCACCACCAUAACCACCGUAAACGAAGCUCUUCCUCAGUCGGUGGAGGAGGGUCUGCUUCGUCGUACCAUGUCUCGCCACUUGCAGUGGUGGAUCCAUCUCAUCGGUACUGUACCGAGUUAACGUACUCGCCUUCAGCUUCGGGGGCCACGACGGUGGUCACGGCCAUAACCGGAUCUUUACUACCUCAACAGCAGCAGCAUUUGAUGUUGUCCGGUGGUAAAGAUGAUUUGGGAGCUCUUGCUAUGUUAGAAGAUAGUGUUAAGAAGCUAAAGAGUCCUAAAACGUCACCUGGACCAGCUCUGAGCAAGGCCCAGAUUGAGUGUGCACUUGAUUAUUUGGCUGAUUGGGUCUACGAGUCAUGUGGGUCUGUCUCUUUCACCAGUCUUGAGCACCCAAAGUUUAGAGCUUUCCUUAACCAAGUGGGUUUGCCCGCGAUUUCAAGGAGAGAGUUUACCGGGUCUAGAUUGGAUGCCAGGUUUGAGGAAGCUAAGAGUGAGUCAGAGGCCAGAAUUAGAGACGCCAUGUUUUUCCAAGUUGCCUCAGAUGGUUGGAAGCCUAAUAAUAACUAUGGAGUUUUUGGUGAAGACAAUUUAGUAAAUUUAACUGUGAAUCUUCCUAAUGGGACUAGUUUGUACCGCAAGGCAGUUUUCGUUAGUGGGUCUGUGCCAUCAAAGUAUGCUGAGGAGGUUUUGUGGGAGACAGUCACAGGCAUUUGUGGGAAUGUUGUUCAACAGUGUGUAGGAAUAGUAGCAGACAGGUUUAAGGCCAAAGCACUGAGAAGCUUAGAGAAUCAGAAUCACUGGAUGGUCAAUCUUUCUUGUCAAUUCCAGGGGUUCAAUAGUUUGGUUAAGGACUUUGCCAAGGCACUGCCAUUGUUCAGGACAGUCAGAGAGAAUUGUCUCAAGCUUGCAACUUUUGUCAAUAACAAGUCCCAGGUUAGAAAUAGCUUUCAUAAAUUUCAAAUGCAGGAAUAUGGUUACACUGGUUUAAUAAGACUACCACUGCCAGAGUAUGAAGGUAUCAACUUUUUUGAACCUAUAUAUACAAUGCUUGAGGAUAUACUCAAUUCAGCUAGAGCACUACAGUUGGUUCUGCUUGAUGAAGCUUUUAAGUUAGCUUCUAUGGAAGAACCUGUUGCCAGAGAGGUUUCUGAGAUGAUUGGGGAAGUGGGGUUUUGGAAUGAAGUUGAAGCUGUACAUUCAUUGGUUAAAUUGAUCAAAGACAUGGCUCAAGAGAUAGAGGUGGAAAGACCACUAGUAGGGCAAUGUCUUCCUCUUUGGGAUGAACUUAGAGCAAAAGUGAAAGACUGGUGUUCCAAGUUUCACAUUAGUGAAGGGCCUGUGGAGAAGAUUAUCGAAAAACGGUUCAAGAAGAAUUAUCAUCCAGCUUGGGCUGCAGCAUAUAUACUUGAUCCUCUUUACUUGAUUAGAGAUACUAGUGGUAAAUACCUACCUCCAUUCAAAUGUUUGACAACUGAUCAGGAGAAAGAUGUGGACAAGCUCAUAACCCGGCUUGUAUCAAGGGAGGAGGCUCAUAUUGCUUUGAUGGAGCUCAUGAAAUGGAGAACAGAAGGGCUCGAUCCUGUGUAUGCUCGUGCAGUACAAAUGAAAGAGAGAGACCCGGUAACCGGCAAGAUGAGGGCUGCUAAUCCGCAGAGUAGUAGGCUUGUGUGGGAAACUUAUCUAACUGAAUUCAAGUCACUUGGAAAAGUUGCAGUUAGGCUCAUCUUCCUUCAUUCUACUUCAUGUGGAUUCAAAUGCAAUUGGUCAUUGUUGAGAUGGGUGUCUGCUCAUGGACAUUCAAGGGUUGGUAUGGAGAAGGCACAGAAGUUAAUAUUCAUUGCAGCUCAUUCUAAGCUUGAGAGGAGAGAUUUCUCAAGUGAUGAAGAUAAGGAUGCAGAGCUAUUGGCCUUAGCAAACGAAGAAUCAAUCAGAGGAAGCACUUUUCAGUCUAUUUACAGGAAGCGUUCGACAAAAACAUCGGUGCAGCACUGGAGAGACCACCUUGAGUUGGUUGGUUGUUGGAAUAAGUUGUUAGAGCAUGAUUAAAGAAAAGUUUGCCAAGAAGGAUCCAAAGAGGGAUUUGACCUGAAAUUUUUCGGCUAAAAUGGUGUCGUUUCACAAGCUAUGAAAAGCUUAGUUUGCACCAGCCAAAUGGAAUGGAUGGCAAGGCAAGCCGUAUCAGUGUGUGGGUCAAGCAACCUCGUUAGUAGCUAAAGAGUACAAGCUUUUUAGCUGGAGAAGCACUUGAAGUUGAAACUAUGUUUUAUUUUUUUUAAAAAAAAAAAAAUCAUCUCAACCAUAUCUCCUGGUUUUUGUGUCUAAGAAAGAGUAGAGUCCCACCAUGAAAAAAACAGUACCAAGUCUUUUUCCAACUCCAAGCUUUAGUUUUGGUGGUUAUAGAGAGAACUCUACUACUGUUCUUCAGCUGUGGCUAUCCAUCAAAUCAAGCUUUGGAUUACAUGUCUUUUAAACAUUCCAAAAGCUGUUUGAUUGUUAAGAAAAAGGCUUUCAAAGGAUUCCAAAAUUAGGAUGACUGUCAAACAAGAAACAGCCAAUUGAGCAAGCGAAAGAGACGAGUGUGAUUUCACAAAGAGCUCUAGCAGAUCUUCUGGUGCUAAAAUGGUGAAGUUUUCUGCUGCUGUUGAUAAAGCUCUAGAUAGUUUUUGUAUACAUAUAUGCCAUUGAAACAUUAUUGUUCUUGUGAUUUCAAGGUUCCAACAUGUAAGUGCAUGGAAUUAUUAUUUUUCUUGUAACUAUACCCUUUUUAGUGAUGGAAUGAAAUCUCUCCCAUUAUUCUUUUCUCAUCCAA